AUGUCUCAUUAUUUUCUACUUAAUUUCAUUCAACGUUUUUCUUUUCUUCAACAAUAUCUUAUUAUUUUAUCAAUAUCUUUCAUUUUACUUUUGAUAUUUAAUCAUUGGUGGUAUAUCUUAUUAUUACCUUUAAGUACUAUUUUUGCUAAUUUUUCUAUAAAACGUUUAUGUCAUUCUAAUCAAUCACCUUAUAAAUUUUCUGGUUAUAUUUACAAUCUUCUUAUUCGAAAACGAUCAUAUAAACAAGAUGAUAAUAUAAAAGAAACUAUUGAUAUAUAUAAUUCAUAUGAAACAACAAUACAUAAAGAAUAUGAUACAUAUAUUCGAACAAUAAUUGCACGUUAUAUAUGUGUUUGGUAUUAUCCAUUAAUAUCAACAGAUCAAGAAUUUCCUGAAGAUUUAAUGAUUAUAUUUCAUAUAAUAUUAAAUCGUUUAAAUGAUCAAUUAAAAUUAUUAAAAUCUUAUGAUAUAAUUCGUUUAAUAAUUAAUUUAAAACAACAACAUAUGAAAGAAUAUUUACGUGCAUAUGAUUCAUAUAGAAAACAACGUAAACCAAAUCGAUUAAGUAAAUCACUUGUUGAAGAAUUUUCUCAAAUUAAUAGUUUGCAUCGUUCAUUAAUUAAUAAUGAUAUUCAUAUAUAUUUAAAAGCACUUGUUGAAUUAUUAUUAACAAAUUUAAUACCUGAACCAGUUCAAAUUUAUUCUGGUAGUCGUACAGGACGAGAAUUUCUUACACAAAUUAUUGUUAAUUGUAUUUUUUUACCAUUAUUUAAUCAAUUUUCUAAACCACGAAUGAUUUAUUAUUUAAUUAUUCUUUUAUGGGAAACUGAAGAACAAAAAAAAUCUUUUGAAAUUAAUGAAAAUUCUUUAAAAAAACAAUUAGAAACAAAUACAAAUCAAAAUGAAAAUGAACCUAUAAUAAUUACAGAAAAUUUAACUAAUCAACAAAAUCAUGAUGAUGAACAUCGAUCAACACGUUUAGAACAUAUUAUUUAUUCUGCAACUAUUAUUUCAUCUGAUACAGCAUAUGAUUCUAUGUUUGGUGCAGCUUAUACUGUUUAUUUGAUUCAAUGUGAAACAAAAUCUCCAUUUACAUCAGAUGCUACUCAUCGAUAUACAGUUCCAAGACGUUUUCGUGAAUUUAUAAAUUUACAUAAAAGAUUACAACAAAAUCAUAUAACUAGUCGACAUUGUUAUGAUAUUGAUGAAGUUUUUCGAACACUUCCUACUCCAAUUGAUAAUAUGAAUCCAGAUGUUAUUCGUCGACGAAAACAUAUACUUGAACAAUAUAUUCAAAAACUUAUUUCAAAUGAAGUUUUGAAUUGUUCACAUGAUGUACUCGAAUUUUUUGCCUUUAAUUCUGAUCCUAAUAUACCAUUUGGCAUAUUACCAAGUAAAUUAUCAGUUCCACGUGUUGAUAGAGUUUUACUUCGCACCUUGUCCGAUAUGGGAAAUAGAUUAAAUAGAUUACGUUCAACUAAACGUGAAAUAGCUCCAUUACAUGAAACAUUUCAAUUAAAUAUUUCAACAACAUAUGAAAAUACAUCAUCUACAUUGAAACAAUUAAAAUUUUAUAUUCAUCAAUCAUCAUUUCGAUGUCCAUCAUCUUUAGUACAAUUACAUUCAACAGAUUCAACAUUUUUACAAACAUUAUUAACACGUUCAUCGAUAGCAACAUCGCGUCGAAAUAAAAUAAUUCAUUCAGAUAUACCUUUAACGGAUGCAGUACUUGAUUUACUUCAUAUAUGUUUACAUUCUUCUGAUGCAAUAAUUAGUUAUCAAUCAAUUCAUCAAAUUCUUCGUACAGUUUUUGGUCAUUUUAUUGAAGAAUUUUUAAAAAAUCAAAUCGAUGAUAUAUUUUCACGUGAAAAUAUUCUUAUGUAUUUAAUUGAUUUACGUACAAAAGUACUUUGGCCUGAUGAUGAUAAUAAUACUGUUAUACCAAUGAAAAAUGUUAAACAUCGAGCAUAUAAUGCUUGUAUGAAUCAAAUUCCAAAUUGGCUUCAAUAUAUUGUUGGUAAAGAAAAUAUUCGUUGUAUUAUUAUGAAUGUCCUUGAAUGUUUAAGCCAUGAACAACUGAAUAAACAUUUUAUUUGUAAUUUAUUUGAUUUAUUUAUUGAACUAUUAAUACCAAAUAUAGCAACAGAAGAUUUUCUAACUAAAUAUGUUCAGAUGCAUGCUGGUAAUCGAUCAUAA